AAAAGCGGAAAAACACCCCUCUCGUGUCAGUGCGCUCGUCCAUCCGGGAAGUCAUAUGAUGUUGACAAGAUGGCGGCCGUAUCGGUCAGAGCUGUCGGCAAGCUACUGUUUUUCUUCACUUUCUUCUCAACAGUAAAGGCAAUAGAUUCCCCAACAGAUGAAGAGAUUUUUCAGUAUCAGCAGCAGAGAUCAUCAGUAGAGAAUCACAUAGUCUCCACCAGCAGACAUCAUCACCACCGCACCGCAGACGCCCCUAGACUAGUGAUGGACACAGCCAUCCUUAAGGUUAACACUAGUCUGGACUACCCUGUACAGAUAUGGGCUGUGUCUGCCGAGUGUUACAAGUGCAAUAUGACCUUCAUGAUGGAGGUAGAUCCCAGCAUUCCGACUGACCCAUUCCUGGUACAGACAGCCUUCAUGACACACAUUUCAAUCGUUAAAGACAACCACGACGGCACAAAUGACUCCAUCUGCAGAUUUGACAAGUUGUUUGGAGAACAUGGUGAGUACCAGAUGCACAUCAACCCCAACGGACCCAGCGAAGAAAACAAAUUCGACUGUCCAGUAUACGCAGAUAAAGACCCUGUGGACAGCAACAUUCCCAUCUUGGUUGCCUUCUGCAUUUAUGUGGGACUUUUUCUGGUCUUCUUGGCUGUCAGACAGUUGUACUACACCAUCGGCAGGUCCCAGUAUGCUUGGUUUAUUGGAUAUUUUCCUUUUAGAGAAACAGACAGAUUGGUGAAUUCGGACCUAGGAUCCCCCAGCCCGUCCUCCACGGGUACAGAAGACAGGAGACAGGCAGGGCCAGACUCCACUGCACAGGCUGCUCCACAGGGACUGCGCAGACUCAGGUCACUAGACACAUUCAGGGGGCUUUCCUUAGCUGUGAUGGUGUUUGUGAACUAUGGAGGAGGGGGAUACUGGUUCUUCAAACAUGCCAGAUGGAAUGGCCUCACAGUAGCAGACUUGGUCUUUCCCUGGUUUGUGUUUAUAAUGGGGACGUCUAUCGCCCUGUCGUUCCGGAGACUGCUGAAGAAAGGCGUGUCCAGACUGAGUCUGCUGUGGAAGGUCGUACAGAGGACAGUCAUCCUGUUUCUACUGGGGCUCUUCAUCAUCAACACAAAGAGAGGACAUAACUCGUGGUCAACCCUGCGUAUCCCGGGAGUGUUACAGAGACUUGCCCUGACAUACUUCAUCGUCGCCCUGCUGGAGGUGGUGGGAGCUACUGCAGAGGACAGGAACUGGUCUUGGAAGCCCCAAGGCUACCUGUCCCUGUACCUAUUACAGACCUCGAGAAUCGCACCUGUGAGGGACAUUGUAAACUACUGGCACCAGUGGCUGGUUAUGGUCGUCAUGGUGACAGUACACCUGGUGCUGACGUUUUGGCUGCAAGUCCCCAACUGUCCUCCUGGUUAUCUGGGCCCAGGUGGUCUGUCUGACCUGGCCCACUACAACUGUACCGGAGGGGCCACAGGGUACAUCGACAGGACAGUCUUUACUGAUGACCACAUAUACGAUCACCCAACACCAAUCACUGUUUACAAGACAGAAGUACCCUUUGACCCGGAAGGACUUCUUGGCACACUGACGUCUGCUCUACUCUGCUUCCUGGGGCUUCAGGCAGGAAAGAUCCUCUUGACGUACACACAGAAUGGACAGAGGGUGGGCAGAUGGCUAGGAUGGGCUGCAGCCACGGGAGCCAUUGGUGCUCUACUGUGUGAUGGCAGGCAGAACGAAGGAUGGAUUCCACUUAACAAGAACCUUUGGUCGGUAUCAUUUGUACUGGUCCUGUCCUGUUUCGCCUUUGUGCUGCUGUCUGCGUGUUACAUCAUCAUCGAUGUCAAACAGUGGUGGACAGGCGCUCCGUUUUACCAAGUCGGUAUGAACUCCAUCCUGGUGUACAUCGGACAUGAACUGUGUGCAGACAAGUUGCCCUUCCAGUGGGCAGCCUCCCCCACACACUCGGCUCAGCUGGCCACAGACCUGGUCGGCACAACGUUAUGGGUCCUCAUCGCAGUCUGGCUGCACUACAAGAAAUUCUACCUCAAGAUUUAGCCAAUCAGUCUUCUCAAUGUUACUGUACAGGAUUUUUUUUUACUUCUUAAUUUGUUGGUUGUCAGAUUUUUUCAGAAGGAAAUGAAGUGACAGGGCAAAAAAAAAAUUAA